UGGACACAAUGGUUUUUCUAUUUUUAUUCCCUUCAUUCCACUGCUGUAUUUCCACAGCUGUUCACAGGUCAGAAGUAUGAGUUCCAGUCAUUACCAACCACCAUCUCCCAAAAAGACUUUGAAGCAAUUUUAAAAAUUAUUACAAGAGACAGGGAAAGAGUUUCCAAGAGGCAGUCAGACUUGGAAGAAACACCCACUGAAACUCAAUUUAGCAUUACCGGUAGCAGUACUGAUAGUCUUACACCGGAGCCAGAGGGGUCUGAAAAGGAUGGGAUUUCAGGAAGCAUUGCUUUAAUAGGCGAAAACACCAAUUCCUAUGGAGAAGAUGGAGAAGAGGCCUGCUUAGCAAGAUGUUGGGCAGACUUUGAUCGGGAUUUGACCCUCUUGCUGACAUGGUACCGGCUAGAUGAGAACACAGUUCCAUCUGUGUACCGCCUGCUGCCUGUCAGGUAGACAGUAAAGAAGUAAUUUAGUUCAUAUGCUCAGUUUUCAGAAGUUAGUUAUAAGUUCAUUUUACUGUAAAAAUGAAUUUGUCUUAUUAAUAUCAAUUUAUGCUGGGUGCAGUGUGAACGAAAGGUUGUUGAUUCAACAGACUGAUUGUGUUAAAAAAAAAUCACGUGAAAAUAAAAGCCCAUUAGCUGCAUGUGAAACUGUGUGAAACAUGACAUGUGAUGUAUCUGAAAACCACACGUAAAUUUCCCCAGGGUUUUUUUUUGGUAUUGUUUAGAUUUUGUGUUGUGCUUAUAGUGUGGUUAAACUUGUAUUUGUCUACAAUUGCCUUCUUGUUUUUAACAACUGUAACAUUGAAAAAGAAAAUGCUGAACAACUUGUUGAGCUGAUAUAGAUUUGAGAAGCGAAUAUCCAUUGUUGUGUUGUAGAGUUGGGUAGAUAAAGGACACUCUUUUGGUUUCCAUGGUACGUUCUGCAGGCAUGAUAAUGGACCUCAUUUGGACCUCAUUUGUAAGUGGCUUUGGAUAAAAACGUCUGCUAAAUGAAGAAAUGUAAAUGUAAAUGUAACAGGUAUAUGGUGUUUAGUGGCCAUUGAAUGAGCAGUUAAGCCAGUUAGACCAGUCUUGAAACUGACAGUUCAAGGUUUCUUUGUUGUUGUUUUUUGGUCUUAAUUCUCAGUGUGUAUCUUCAAGUAUUUACAGUAUAUGCUUCCAAUGUUUUAAUUCUUUAGAAAAGUUAAAUACAGUGGUGGGGAUUAGCCCUCAUAAAGGCCUGUUAGCAGUUAUCAGAAUGAUAAAAACCUAUAUUAAUCUGAAAAUUAAGCAUAAAUUGGAAUGGGCAUGGGCGCACAGUGGCUUAGUGGUUAGCACUUUCGCCUCACACCUCCAGGCUUGGGGGUUCGAUUUCCGCCUUGACCCUUUGUGUAGAGUUUGCAUGUAGUCCCCGUGCUGCAGGGGUUUCCUCCGGGUACUCUGGUUUCCUCUCCCAGUCCAAAGACAUGGAUGGUAGGGUGAUUGGCAUGUGUGAAUGUGUAUGUGAUUGUGUCCUGCGAUGGAUUGGCACCCUGUCCAGGGUGUACCCCGCCUUGGGAUAGGCUCCUGGUUCCCCGUGACGCUGUAGGAUAAGCGGUAUAGAGAAUGUAUCGAUGGAAUGGAUGGAUGGAUGGAUGGAUGGAUGCAUAGAUGGAUGGAUGGAAUGGGUAUGCCAUUUUUCCCAUUCACAGUAUUUACUCUGAAAUACACUAUAUGGCCACAAAUUUGUGGAUGCCUGACCAUUACACCUAUAUAUGUGGGCCUUCCCCAAAAUGUUGCCAGAAAUGUGGAAGCACACAGUUAUAUAUAAUGUCUUUGUAUGCUGCAGCAUUACAGUUUCCUUCACUGGAACUAAGAGGCCCAAACAUGUUCCAGCAUGACAAAUGCCCUGUCCACAAAGUGAGGUCUUUAACAACAUGGUUUGCCAAGGUUGGAGUAGAGGAACUUGGGUUGUCUGCACAGAGCCCUGACCUCAACCCCACUCAACACCUUUGGGAUGAACAAGAAUGGCAUCUGUGCCCCAGGCCUCCUCACCUGACAUCACUGCCUGACCUCACUAAUGCUCUUGUGGCUGAAUGGGCAAAUCCCCACAGUCACACUCCAAAAUCUAGUGGAGAGUUUUCCCAGAUGAGUGGAGGUUAUUAUAACAGCAAAUGGGAUGUUCAAAAAACACAUAUGGGUAUGAUUGGUCAGGUGUCUACAUACUUUUGGCCAUAUAGUGUACGUGCUUGUAUGUGUAACUCGGGUUUGAAAUAAUAGAGACAGAAAUGGUUUGGACCAAUUUAUUCCAUAUUAGUGUGAUGUCAUCGAGCAGAAUGACGAUUAGAAGUGUUCAAACUAACUGAUUGCUUUUCCUGGUGUUUCUACGAACAUCAGUAUGCACCACCCUGACUUCCUGAGCUGUGAUGGGGAGCGUAGGAUAGCAGCAAGGAAAGCAUGGCAUUUUUCCUGUAAGCAAAUAUGUAGAGUGCUGCAGCGUAACGGGCCAGAAGCUAUUGGAGAGGCAGAAACCUUAUGCCUGCUUAGGACAGUAUUGGACUGUGAGGCAGAACAGGGCUUUGGAGCAAAGCUCCCUGCUGAGGAGUACAGUCACUGUUAUAAGCGCACCAUCACUGACCUGCUAUAUAACCUGAAGAGUGAAUAUGCCUCACAGUUCAUUGACCUGCAGAAAGGAAGAGCAGAACUCAACCACACCCUGUAUCAAGCACAGCAGAACUUCAUCCACAACAUUCACAGCAAGCUACGACACACUAAUAUCUACGAGAUUAACGUGAGCUGGGGGAGGAAAGGUCUCAGCCCCAAACAUAACAGAUCACAUCAGUUCUACACAGAACGUCUCUGUUCCCAUUUCCUACGCACAGUCAUGGCAGCCUUCAACAGGGUGAUGCACAUAAAACCAAUCAAAAGCUCUUUUGAUAUCAUGAGAAAAGAAGCUUCACAAACUCAAAUUCAGGAGGAGAUUCAGCUUCACCUUAAACAUGGAAAAACACUAGCACAGAGCUUUGAGCUUAGGCAGAACUUCCUGCAGGAAGUGAGGGAUGCCCUGCAAAAGUCAGCUUCCUCCCAGAAUGCUUUGCUGCUGUUAGGAGAGACAGGUUUAGGGAAAAGCACCAUCCUUGCCAAAGUGACACAGCUUUUACCAACUUGGAUACCUGGAGAUGUGACGGUGCUGGUGUGUUUUGUUGGACUGACAUCAGACAGCAGAAAUGUACGUCUUCUCCUGCAAAAGCUUUGUACACAGAUAGCAGAAGUCUACUGCAAAAACACAGAAAUAUCAGAGUCUUUGGCACAGCUGUGCAACGAGCUACGUUCGUUGUUGAUGUUGGUGAAUGAGAACAGACCUCUGGCUCUAGUGCUCGAUGGUCUGGAUGAGCUGAGUGAAGAACAUGAAGCUGAUCUGUCCUGGCUCUACACUCCACUACCUCAACAUGUUUACGCUGUUCUGUCUGCCAAUACACAAUCCACUUCGGCCCACUUGCUACAGACCCAAUCUAAGGUCUCAGUUCUUGCCAUUCCUCCUCUGAGCAGUGAGGAAAUCAAAGCCAGUCUGGCCUGUAAGCUUGCGUCUGACUCUUAUCAGCUUCAAGAGGACCAGUGGGGCCUCUUACUGCGCUCGUGUCUCUUCUGUCCUUUUCCUGUGUAUCUUAGAUUUGCCUACAGUGAAAGCAGAACAUGGACUUCUUUCUCCUCACCAGAACAGCUCUCCCUUCCUGAGGAUUUAAGAAGUCUUUUCCUGAACCUUUUGGCAUGUUUAGAGCAUAAGUAUGGUGAGAAUCUGGUGCGGCGUGCCACAUCACUGAUCUCACUCUCACGUGGUGGUGUGACAGAAGAGGAACUUCUGAAACUGUUAGGACAAGACAGGCGGGUUGCUCGGGAGCUUACACAGUUAUACAAUCAACCUUCAAGCCCCUCAGGAUAUCCCAGUGUACCUUAUGGUAUUUUGGCCCGGCUGAGGUGGGAACUAAGGUAUCACAUUAUGGAGGUGGAAAGUGAUGGGACAUGGGUAUUGUGCUGGACCCACACUGAAUUCAGCCAUGUCAUCACACAACGUUAUCUGAAAACAGAAGACUCAAAGAGGGCUAUCCAUGCAGACUUUGCAGAUUAUUUCAGCUGCAGUGCUUCUGAUAGUCAUAUUUUCCAGCCACUUGCAUGGAGUAGAGAGGAUGAUGGCAGGAAAAGUUAUAUGUUUAAUUUGCGUAAGCUUCACGGACUGCCCUACCAUCUCAUACAUUCAGGCCAGAUUCAGUUUCUGCUCAGCCAGUGCCUCUUUAACUACGAGUUCCUGCUGCAUAAAGUCUGGGGUCUGUCCAUCAGCCAUGUAGAAGAGGAUUUGAAAGCUGCUGUCAUGCCAGAUAAAGAGUUGCCUGAUAUAGAUGUUUUGGCCCAGGCUCUCUGUCUCUCACGCCCUGUGCUGUUGAAAGACCCAUGCCAACUGGCAUCUCAAUUACUGGGGCGUCUCCUCCACAUCACUGCCCAGGAUAAGCCUGUGGCUCCAGGUGACCCUCAGCGCUUCUCUUACUUGCAUGAUUUGUUGACACAGUGCCAAUUUUCAUCAGUGCCUGUCCUGGUGCCGUCUUACAGCUGCCUCCUGCCACCAGGAGGAAUAACACACACUCUGCUUGCAGGUCAUAUGAGCCCUGUAAAAGCACUGGCCCUUGGUCAGUAUCAUGCAGUAUCAUGCUCUGUGGAUGGAACUCUUAACCUCUGGAAGUUGGACGAUUCAGUAACCCUUGCCAAAACCAUACCCAGUUCAGUGGGCUCUAAUCCAUACUGCGCUCCUGAAGCGCUCGCUCUCUGUCUGGAAGACACAGUGUUGGUACUAAGGAUGGGACACAGACUUACAGUGCAAGAGGUACACUCUGGAAAGGUGCUUUAUACAGAUUCACUGUCAAUGGAUGUUCCUCUCAUCACAUGUACCUGUGAUGGACGAUUGUUGGUGGUCUUUUAUGAUGGCAGGCACAUAGUCAAGGUGUUUGAUUUAGCCAUGUCCUGUUCACUGCUUCACUGUGUGAACCUCACUCUUGGUUGUGACCCCAUUCACAAAGACAACUCCAUUCUGAUCUCUCACAACUCUGUUAAAGAUUAUGUCCUCUUUGGAUAUAGAAGUGGCAGAGAGGCUGCUGUUUUCAGUGCUAGAACAGGGUCACUAUUGGUUACUCUAAAAGCUCAGCAUCAAGCUGCUUCCCUACAAGCUGUGGAAAUGAACUCUCAGUACUUCCUGCUCUUCUGCAGGUAACUGCACGUUUUUACACUUCAUGUUGCAUAUAGUAAUAUUGCUUAUAGUACAUAACUUGUCAUCUUUUUAAACCUCUUUUAGAGCUGUUAUAAUGUUAGCUAAAUGUAUUAGUAUAAAGAAAUUACAUUUCUCAAGUAAGUAUUUGCACACA